CUGCCCUGAGGGGCCCCGAGGGCCCGGGUCGGUAUUUCCCGCCCACCGCGCUCCCGUGGGGCCCCCCCGGCCCGGGCUGCCUGGCGGGCCGGAGCGGUGAGCGCUGCGGGGCUCGGGGUGACCGGCUCUUUACCUGCAGGUUGCCCGUUUUUUCCUCCCGAGCUGCGUGAGGUAAAAACAAACGCGGAUUCCAUGUCUUUUCUUGUAAGUAAACCCGAGCGGAUUAGGCGGUGGGUGUCCGAAAAGUUCAUUGUUGAGGGCUUAAGAGAGUUCGAACUGUUUGGAGAGCAGCCUCCGGGUGACACUCGGAGAAAAACAAAUGAGGCGAGCUCCGAGUCGAUAGCUUCUUCCCCUAAAAGGGACACCAUGAGCAACUUCCUACCAGACAGCAGCUGUUAUGAGUUGCUCACUAUUAUAGGCAGAGGCUUUGAAGACUUGAUGGUUGUGAACCUGGCCAGGUAUAAACCCACAGGGGAGUACGUGACAGUCAGAAGAGUGAACCUGGAGGCCUGCACGAAUGAAAUGGUGACGUUCCUGCAGGGGGAACUUCAUGUUUCCAAGCUCUUCAACCACCCUAACAUCGUGCCAUACAAAGCAACGUUCAUAGCUGACAAUGAGCUAUGGGUGGUGACGUCUUUCAUGGCCUAUGGUUCUGCAAAAGAUUUGAUCUGUACCCAUUUUAUGGAUGGGAUGAGUGAAUUGGCGAUUGCAUAUAUCCUCCAAGGCGUGUUGAAAGCACUUGACUACAUCCACCAUAUGGGCUACGUACACAGGAGUGUGAAAGCCAGCCAUAUCCUGAUCUCUGUGGAUGGGAAGGUCUACCUCUCUGGCCUGCGAAGCAACCUAAGUAUGAUCAACCACGGGCAGCGACUCAAAGUUGUUCACGACUUCCCCAAAUACAGCAUCAAAGUCCUGCCUUGGCUCAGUCCUGAAGUCUUGCAGCAGAAUCUCCAGGGUUACGAUGCAAAAUCUGACAUUUACAGCGUAGGGAUAACGGCCUGCGAGCUGGCAAACGGCCACGUACCAUUUAAAGACAUGCCUUCUACUCAGAUGCUCUUGGAAAAGCUGAAUGGAACCGUUCCCUGCCUGUUAGACACCACCACGAUUCCCGCCGACGAGCUGACUAUGAAAACCUCCCGUUCAAGUGCUAAUUACGGGGUAGGCGAGAGCAUGGCUGUUAGCAACGUGAGAGCAGCCAACGGCGAGCCGACCCUGCACCCUUAUCUUCGCACCUUCUCCACCUACUUCCAUAACUUUGUAGAGCAGUGCCUCCAGCGGAACCCCGACUUCAGGCCAAGUGCAGGCACUCUGCUUAAUCAUCCCUUCUUCAAGCAGCUGCGGGGAAGCGUUUCAGCAGCCGAGUUCUCUCCUUUCUGUGCAGAUCAAGCGCCGUGCGUCCGAAGCGCUCCCUGAACUCCUGCGCCCCGUCACCCCCAUCACCAGCUUUGAAGGAACGCGGCCCCAGGAUCCCAGUGGGAUUUUUGGGCUGGUGUCAAACCUGGAGCAGUUGGAUGUGGAUGACUGGGAAUUCUAGAAAAAACUGGGACUAUACCUGGUUCUGGAGGAGCUUUCUGGACAUUUUAAUUUAUCGGUCCUGUUCAUAAAAGGUGAUGAAUUACACAUAGAAGAGUUUACAGGUCCUUGGGAAGGAACUUCAACUGUCUGUUUACUCAAGAAGUAGCCUGGAAACAAAUGGACAGAGCUGAGCUGGGAAAGGCUCGACCCUGGGGACUGUGGAGUAUUCCAGAGCCCCAGUUCUUGCAGCUGAGCGCUGGUAGAUCACUUGAACGGGUUGAGCAAGUCUGUUUAGUCUCUAUUUAUGUUUUUUUUAAGAAUCACUGGCUUCCUCAUAUCACAGCUGAAGGCUGCGUGUCCCUCCCCUCUUUGGUUCUUUCUCUUUCCAGGGUGCCUUAGGGGAGGCAGGCAACUCUUAGCUUUUGGGCAUUUUCUCAGAGCUCGUCACAUUGCUGGCACAGGGGAUGUUUUGAGGGUGGGGUAAAUAGGGAUUAUGUUCUGAAACUCAGUCACUGCUUUGUGAUGGACAAGGGGAGAUCGAAGACAACCUGCUUUUAUUCCCGGCACACUCGCAUCGGGCAUUCCUCUGCAGCACUGCCUUUCUCCAGUUACCCUGGCACAGAGGAAAAGUAACUUGACUUUGAUGCUAAAUCCUCUUGCUCACGACUCCUUUUUGAACAUCAUGUAUAGAAUUGAUGUUGAGCCUUCUGUUACUAUUGCUGUUCUGCCUUUCCUGACUGAACGACAGGUAAAAGCUUUUCUCACGUGGCUCCCCUCGACUCCUGGCUGUGUGACUCUCCCCCGUUCCACGGUAUUUAAGGCUUUUAGUUUGUCCCUUCCAAGGACCGUGGGUGCUGGAGGACUUCCCGUUCUCAGUGCCCCGGAGGUGGCUGAUGGGAGUAGCAGUGCUGGCAACAGGUCCCUCUUGUGUUUAUAAACUGUACUUGAACCCAGAUAAAGUUUGUUACUCUAGUUUUUUGCCAAAACAAAUAAAAUAUUUCUGAAGUUUGUUAA